AUGCGACUGCCGACGUGGAUGAAGCCCGAAAACGCGUCUAUCCCACACCAGCUUCCACUCAAGGUCUGUCAACUGACCGCAGCGGCCAUCAGCCGUCAAUUCUCGAAGCGCUACCACAUCGCCGACGACCAACUUCUGCUCGGGAGCGACGCCAUCAGCAUCAGCAUCGAAGUAAUAAGUCAUUUAGCACUUUCUGUCGAACCAGGCCAGUGA